GCACCCCUCUUCCCCUGCGCUGGUCCACAAUGCAGAGUCUUGUGAAUUGGCGUGUGUUUAUUAGCUUUUUGGUCGUUUUUUACCAACAAAAUGUUGUUGAAGUGGAAAUGUGCGGAGGGCUGACCGAGGUGAAGCAGGCUGAUGAAGCAGUUCAGAAGAUCUGUGAUGCAAUGAAGCCUCUCGCAGAGCAGAAAACCGGGAGAAACUUCGAGGUUUUCACUGCAAAGAGCUACAAAACACAGCUUGUAGCUGGGACCAACUACUUCAUUAAGGUCUAUGUGGGAGGAGACGAAUAUGUUCACCUCCGUGUUUAUGAGAAACUCCCGGCUUAUGGAGGAACGCUCGAGCUGACCGAUCUGCAGCACCCCAAGAGUCAGAAUGACAGUAUUGAGUACUUCUAAUGGGACAAUGAACCAGUCAAAGCAUCAGUGCUACAGCCUGUCCUCUCAAUGUAAUCCAUUAAUAACCUGCCUCUUCAUGAGGGGAAAGUUUCCUUAUUUACACAUAAUAACCAAAUGCAGAUAAUAGAAGGCAAAGUGGAUCAGUUAAAUACGAGGUGGGUAAAAAAUAAAUAAAAUAAAAUAAAGCUGAUUAUU